CUAAUCUCUCUAGACAAGGUUCAUAUUUGUGUGGGUUACUUAUUCUCCCUUUGUUGACUGAGUCAAUAAUCAGAAUCAGCAGGUUUGGAGUCAGAUUGACAGGGAUCAGCAGCCUGGCAUGGCAGAAGGGAGUAUAAAAGCCCCCAGCCCGGGAGCAGCCAUCACAGAAAUCUACUAGCUCUUGGCAAGAUGGCUUCCCAUCAUUUGAUCCUUCUUUGCCUUGCUGGACUGGUAUUUGUGUCUGAGGCUGGCCCUGCGGUCUCUGGGGAAACCAAGUGUCCUUUGAUGGUCAAAGUCCUAGAUGCUGUCCGAGGCAGCCCUGCCGUCAACGUGGCUGUGAAAGUGUUCAAAAAGGCUGCUGACGGGGCCUGGGAGCCCUUUGCUGCUGGGAAAACCGAGGACACUGGAGAGCUGCAUGGGCUCACAACAAAUGAGAAGUUUGUGGAAGGCGUGUACAAAGUGGAAUUAGACACCAAAUCCUACUGGAAGGCACUGGGCAUUUCCCCAUUCCAUGAAUAUGCAGAGGUGGUGUUCGUCGCCAAUGACUCUGGCCAACGCUCCUACACCAUCGCAGCUCUGCUCAGCCCCUACUCCUACUCAACCACUGCCGUGGUCAGCAACCCUCAGCAGUGAGGCACCAGCUUGAGCAGGGACAGCAUCUUAUGUAACCACCAGUAUUCCAUUUUUCUAAAGCAGUGUUUUCACUCUGUAAACUAC